AAUUACAAUUUGAUCGCUGUGCGAACAUACAGAGCCACAGGUUGCGAGGCAGUGUACGUACCUCAUCAUCGGCUCGCGCUGAUGCUCUCUGCACAGACACAUUCGCCCCAGUAACUUCUUCCGCCAGCACCUGGAAGCUCUCGUUCACGUUGGGCAGGCACCUGCGCAUCUCCGCGUCGACGUGCACCUUCAUCGGAGGUUUAGCUCCGCAAGAUGCCGGCCUCAACAACGCCACCAGGCUCGGCCUCCAUCUCACCAGAGAGGUUCGCGAGGCUCUUCAGAAGCCUGAAUGCUGUCAUUGCAAAUCCGCAGCGGGGCGCAGCGAACCAUGACUGGUUCAUCAACGUGGGCAGACACGCGUCGGAACUUCUCAACUUCGGACGCGCUCGACCACCUUCUGAUGCCGAAAAGAAGGAGCUGCAGGCUGGGCACGUCACCAUUCACGGCACCAAGCACACCGUCAAUCAAGACUUUGCGCAGCAAUGCUUUUACCUCUCCUCCACUCUCAAAGUGUCGGAGCGAUACGCCGCAUCGCUGCUGCAAGCAGGAUUUGAAGGCAGAGCGCGCUAUGGAAGAAGCUCCGUGGAAGCUGCUCUGCUCAUAUAUCACCACGAGCGGAUAGCUGCCAUUGGCUGCUUGAAGGAGCUUGCUCGAUCUGCCAUGACCUUGGCUCACGAAGCAGAUGCGGCUUCCCAGCAAGUUGGCGCGCGCAUCGAGAGGCUUGUGUCGGACCUUGUAGAGGCGCAAAUCGACGUGCCUGCACUACCAGGCCGACCAGCGAAGACGCAGACCACUUUGCCCGAAAGGAUCCUCAUCGAGCUUGAUGCCACAAAAUUAGAAUUGCAAGCCCUCAAGGCGGAAAAUAGCAUCGGCGAGCGACUCGAGCUUAUUGUGCAAGAGCGUCAAGAACUCGGUCAGCUGCUGUAUUUGCUCUCUGCUUCGCGACGCUUGGCUCCUGCGCACAUCCUGGCCUUAACAAGGUGGUUGAGUUCGCAACAGGACCCUCAGGACGCCAUGGUCAUCUACGUCCUCGCAUCAUUGCUUGGUUGUCUCGAGGUACCGCCGACCGAGCACCCCGAUCUGGACCCGGAAUCCGCGCUGGCCCUGCACAAGGAGAUCACUGCCAAGGAUUGGACUCUUCCACAACUUCGAUGCGUCGUCCUUCUACAGUGGUCCGCACUACUUGCGAUGCCGAGCUUUUCAAACGAGAUCAAAGUUCAGGACGAAGAGAUCACCUCCCUGGUCAUUGGAGCCAUUGCUGGCGGGCCAGCUUACAAUAGUACCUCGAGAAGCGCCACAGUAGCGCCAAUGGCCGGCGAUGCGCUUGUCUUCGUAAUUCAGUAUGUUCUAGCAUUCAGACAACCAGCCUUUGAAGCUUCGCAAGGCUUCGAGGAAGGCACGGAAGCGCUGGCGACUCUGGCUCCGGGGAUGAGCGAAAGCGGCAUAGAUGCCGAGUUCCAAGAAUACGUGCUGACCCAGGUUCAAGAUCUGUUGAUUCGCCUCACCAACCUAUUCCUGCCGCUUUUCCGGAGACUUCAACGCGCCGAGGAAGAUGCAGAAUUCGGAUUCAAAGACUCGAAGAACAAGCCGGGACAAUCAAGUGACCCGCAAAGAUACGACAUCGAAGCUCUUUUCGACGCCAUCAGCUUGCUCUGUCGCGGCCGACCAGAUGCUGGCUUACGCUUUCUCGUCGAAUCGGAUGGGAGGCCAACCCGCUUCCUUGGCUGGGCGAUAGACGUAGAACAGCAUGGUCACCGGCGAGCAAUGUUGGACAUGGUUGCCUCGUUAGCAUCAGGUGCUGAAGGCGCCUGGCAGAUUCAUACCCUCCUCUCGUCGGAAGAUGGGGUCGGAGACCCUCGUCUUUUUUCUUGGGCCCGCUUGUUCGAUUGGCUGCAGUACACCUACACCCAAUUUCAGGAAUCGCUCAGCGCCUCUAGAGGUGGCGUGCUUAGAAGUCAGCUCAAAGUGGAGCGGGCCGACGAAAUCUUGUUGAAAUCGUUCCUCGGUGUGCUUCGAAACGUUGCUCACCAUAGCGUAGCCGCACGAGAUGCUCUUUAUCAGCAUACUGGGUAUGCUGCCCUCCAACGCUUGUUCAACCUCUACGUGUGCCCCACUUCGAUUGGCUUCAAAGCCUCCACUCUUCGGGCUUUGACCGCUUUCGCUCGCCCCGACGGUCCGAGCGCAGGCCGGAUUGCUGCCGACAUCUGGCAGCUGCUCGAGACGCACCAGGUCGUGGGCGACACAAAAGCUGCAGAAGAAGCACUCAGGGCACGCAUCGUCUCUGAGCGCGGCACCACCGGCACCGGUAUGUUUGGGCAGAGCAACAUCUCGAAUCAAAUGCAUAACUUUGCUUCCAGUGCGCUCGAAGUGCUCGAGCGGGAAGAAAGGCCUACACAAAACUUCGAGGCUACCGUGGCUCUCGUCGAUCUGCUCAAGGCUUUGCUUCAAACACCUGCCCCAAUGACUUCGGCGACGCCCACCGUCACCUCGGCGCUGGGUGCGAUGAAUUCCAAUCACGGUCAAGCAGCCUCUUUGGAGCAAAUCGUCGUCAGUUUGGGCCAAGCUCACCGCUCCCCUGGCCUCGACCCUUACGUCAACUUCGUCAUCGAAAGGGUACUUCUCGGUGCGUCGCGGGGCGAGGUCGCUCUCCCCGCCGACGCUUUACGCCUCAAAGCAAAAGCUCUGGGCUUUGUGGAGCGAUGUCUUGCUUGCUACAACCUGACCCCCCUCUUUGAAGCCGACGAAAGCGGUGUCUUGGAGCCGCGUGCCGUAGCGCAACUGCUGCUCCACCCUGGCUUCUCCAUCCUAAAACGACUUCUUACGAACACCACAUUGCUUAAAGAGUUCUUCGCGGUCAUUUGCCCGUCGGACGACUCUGGUUUCGAAGUCCUGAAUUCCGCAGGUUCCGGAGCUGGCUUCCAGGCUCAAUGCGUCGGACACGCUCUGCGCAUCUUCCAGCGCGUCAUGCAGCUCCAGGACGCUUUCUUGCAAGUCCUUCUGCCCGCUUGCAGUGACUUGCUUGCUUCGAACCAGGGCGCGCAGCUUGCGGCUUUCAAAGCUGCUGACAGGCUGGGACAGCCUGGUGCCUAUACACCUCUGGACACUCUCCUGCUGUACGAACACCGAGCCGUGGUACAGAUUGCGCUCUACGUGCACGCCCAGCGUCAAGAUAUCGUUCUCUUGGCUGUCAGACUGCUUCGGCAGAUUGCUGAGAGCCCGGCCUUUGUUGCUGUGGACCGCUUUGGACGCCUGAGCUACGUGGGCAAGAUGAACAGGCUUGUUGGCUUGUUGGAAAUGGUCGGCGAAUCUGCUCGGGUCCGUGCGGGCUUCGUCGGGCACCUUGAAGCCCUCGAGACAGGAGAUCCGGACGAUGCCGACACUGCUGAUGCUCUCGAAGCGUCGGGCGGCGACCUCUACGACGUGGAGCAUCCGUCAACAAGCAACACCAGGAAUGCCGUCGCGUCGUCCAUCCUGGACCUUUUGCAAACGUUCACGGCUCAGACUCAACCUUGCCCAAACCUAGCGCACGUCCUCCUCGGCUUCGAUUUGACGACAGCUGGAGCCGGAACGUCAGAUGAGGUGCAGCUGCUCGAUCGGUCCGAUUCGGAGGGGCGUGGGGCUUUGGAGGCAGUCGUCGCGCUCGUGGGCCGUGCACGCGAAGGCGAAAUUGCCUUCGUGGAGCGUUCCCCGCGCCUUGCGGAAAAGUGCUAUGCGCUCCUACACAAUCUUUGCCGCCACUCAUUUACUAGCCCGACCACUCUGCGCUUCUUGAGAUCGCGCAACGACUUCUUCGUGCAGCAGCUGCGAGCACUGAAAUCGGUUCCCGAAGCCGUCGAAUACGUGGCCGAGUCUAGCGGUGACCUGCGAUUUGCCGACGGAGUGAUCGCACGGUCUUCGGCGAACGUUGUGACGAGCUCCCUUCGCAUACAAGCUCAUCUGCUUGAUAGCGCUGCCAUCGAGCUGCACUCCCUUAGCAACGCUGCUCUUGUCGGACCAGCUACGCGUCUGCUCGCCGUGCUGCUGGGCGGUGCCUCAGCAGUCGAUGGUGCGGGUUUCGCUGAAGCGGGUCUCCAAGAUGACGAUGACGACGCCGACCUGUUGCCUGGUGGUUUCAACUCGCAGCACAAGUUGGACGGCACGCCGCGUGCAAGACUUUUAGACCUGCUUCAGGGAAUGGACUUUAAGUGGGAGGAUGAUGGUGAAAAAGACGUUGCCAGUCUCAACGUUCUUGCAACACUCGACAUUUCUCCUGCCGCGAGUCGCGGCCCGGCUGCGGAGACCAAAGAGUUCGAUCUGAAUGCGGUCGUCGGCAUUUUAGCUCAAGCUCGAACAGAGAUCGAGCGACGCGGAGAAUUGGUCGACGCGAGACAGAGGGUCAUUCUGGAGGAUGAGUCCAUCAUCAUUCUCCACUAUGCUCACGCUCGCAACGCACUUCGAGCGCUGAAAACAGCUCGUUUGCAGUCUAUGCAAGCGUGGCGCCAUAUCCUCGACAUGAUCCUAGCACGCUGCGUGCAUCUCCUCAGAGCCGAAGCUCGGGCCUUCGUGCUUUUCGACUGCUUGGGCGCGGUACUGCCAUUACUUGCCGACCCAGGCGCAGAUGCAGAUGCUGCGCGCAAUGAUCUGGCUGCUGGCGCCGUCUUGGGCCUCUUGACGAGUUUGCGCCAGCAUCAACAAUCUGCUGCAGCGACUUCUACUGUGGACCUCAACGCUUCCGAGGAACUUCCUGUGGACCGUCUGAUGGCCACGCUGCGCGCUCUUCUUGCCGCCUUGGUCCGACCCGGAACUACAGCAUCAAGUCGCGGCAACCUUUAUGCCGCGCUCAUCAACUUCUUGCAGCUUGUCAAAUCUACCGCCAAAUCAGGUCCAUCCAAUCAGGUCCGUCAAAGCACCGCAUUUGAUGAAAGCAUGAUGAGCUCGGCAAUCGAAGCGGAUGACACAAUCUCUAUGAUAGGCCCGGAGUCGGUCAUCUGGGAUAGCAAAAGUAACAAGAUCUCCCAUGUCGAAGAGCGCACGCAUGGCAUGAUAUCUUCGCAGCUCGACAGGCUGAUUGCGAUCGUUGCACGGGAUGCGCUUGAUGGCAUGGAGCUUUGGCGUACUGUCGCAUUCACUCUAUGCGACCAGAUUGCCGGAAUCAAGGGUGCGAGGGGUCAAUCCCCGGGGACGAAAGCAUUGCAGAUACUUGAGCGGUUCGGCUAUUUGCGCGCCUUUGCGGCAAGCCUGAAGGAGAUGGACUUGCCUCUGCAAGAGGUGCUCAGGCCUGACCCCACGUCGCUGAACAUCCUAUACGUGUACACCGCGCAGAUGGGCUUUCUGACACGCCUCGCUCAGACUGCAGCUGGAGCCGAGCAGCUUGUAGAUGCUCGCAUCUUUGAUAUCCUUGGUCAGAGCGACUUCUUGGCCAGUCGACCCGAGCAAGACCAAGACUUCGUCGAUAUGGACAGCUUCUUGCCAGCAGCGAUGGAGCGCUUCGACUCUCUUCUUACGCCUGCGCUGCAGCUUUGCGUUAGCAUUCUAUCUGUGUCCAAUGCGAGAGCAUCCACCAUCGGGGACUCCACGAGCAUCUUCUCCGCCUCUAGUCAAGCCUUCCUAUUUCUGGAAAGACAUAGCAGCACACUUGCAAUCGUCUUGAAGGCACCACUCAACGAAGCUACAAGUGUAGCAGCUAUCAAUCAAGCCCAACUGAUCGUUGCGCUACUCGUGUUCUGCCAAAACGCGAAUCAGUCACUAGCGGCCUCAGCCAGCUCUCCGCUAUUCAGCUUCCAUAGCGCGGUACUCGCUCUGGUUGCAGGAUUUCUGCCCAGCUCAGCUUGGUUGGAACGAGUGGUGCCCCACAGCGAAGAGGAACGCGAGAUGGCCAGUCGUCUUGUCAAAGGUACAGAUGGUGCAGAGGAUUCCGACGGAGAGACGGCGUAUAGCAUUGCUGCUCGUCGCGCAGUGUCCCAGCUCGUAAAUUCACUCUUGGCAUACCUGGAGCACGCGUCGUUUCCUCGCACCAGCGCGUCAGACGCAUCUGCACUCGCUACCACGGCUCGACCGGUCCUCACGCCUGUCCUGCGAGUCGAGGCUAGCGAGCCAAGAUCUAGAAGGCCCCGAGUCUCGACGACACAUCCCAGUCUGGGAGCUGCUAUCUCCGCUCUAGAGGAAUCGUCCGCUGCUUUGGUCGACGAGCUGUCUACGAUUGAAAACACGAAACGAAUGCUGAGCGACGUGGAUGCUGUCCAGCUCAAAUACUGGGAUGAGGUCGUCGAAGAUGCGCUCAGGCUCGAUGGCGCGAACGUCGAGCUAGAUGCCAAUCAGCGACGCAGUCUUGGCGUUCGAGAACUCAAACACCGACGCAGAACAUUGCGAGCGUCCGUGCUUCACAAGUUUGACGCGGUCGAAAUGCUCCUAACGCUCUUGUACAGACAUUUCAAGUACUAUUUGGACCUUCCACCUGCUUCGCUGCGCCGCACGCUCGACUUUGACCCUAGUAGGAGCACAACUCGCAGCGUCCCGCUUUUCCGCUCCGGGCGACAAAGUCAAGCUGGAGGGGCUGCAGACUCGACACUGGGUAUUUCAGAGAGGGAAGUGCUGGUCAAGGAAGGCUUGGCACUGAUCACGCUGGCGCUUGAGAAUCUGGAAGUCGUCAUCAAGCAAGCUGAUAGCAAUGGCGAGAUGGACAAGACUAGACUUGGCUUCUUGCAAUUGUCGGGAAGACAGCUGGUCGAAAGUCUGCAUCGAGCCAAUGCCGACCUCGAGUCGAAUGGCAACAUGCGAUGAGGGAAAAAGUCAAAUGUACGUCAUGCUUUCAAUCAAUACUAUUCUCUU